AUGGAUUCGGAUGAUAAUGUGGAAGAGCUGGAGGAACUUGACGAAGAGGAAGAAGAGCUGGAGGAACUUGACGAAGAGGAAGAAGAGUACACGAAGAACGAGCUUGAUCGAGCUCGGAUCUAUGAACAAGGAGAAACACGCGAUUUCCUCCAGUUUUUGCGGAAGAUAAGAUACGAUCACCGGCAAUGUCCAGAUGAUGAUCAUGGCGGUAUGAUUUAUGCAGAAUAA